AUGACCUCCGUUCGCACGCCCUUUUUGUCCAUCAUCGCAGUCCUGUGCAUGUUUUCAUUCCUUCUUGCGGCUGUCACAGCUCCUGAAGACCCUACCGAAGCCACCCGGCGUGCCAAUCUCAACAAACUCAGUCACUUUCGAACCGUCUAUCGAGACAGGUACAUGUUCGGCCACGAGUUUCCUCAGCCCGUGGAUCGAGACAUUCUGCAGAGCUACCCGGCAUCGAUUCGUCAGAAUGCUCAUCAGCUGAGACGUCUGGGCCAGCCCGGAGGUCCAGAACGCAUGGACGUCGGCAAGCUCCUCUCUGACCUCGACGACUUGUUCAAGACGCUGCUCAUCACCUCCUUUCAUCCCGAGGUCAUCGAGGCCCAGCCCCAUACCGUCCUGGCGCAACACCUCAGUACCGUCGGAAAGCUCGUUACGUGGAUGCACGAGAACAUGGACCGACUCGGCGAGAUCGUCGGCGAGAACAGGGCCGAAUCGCAUCUUCAGAGGUUCAAGGACAUGCGCGACCUUGCAGGAUCUACGACUCUGAUCCCUAAAUUUUGA